UCGUGCACAGUUCGCCUACGAGUUAUAAAUUAUUAUUUUUAAAUAGUUUAGACCGCGCGCCGUUAUAAAUUUAGUGUUUUUAUUAUGCAUAGCCAGUAAAGUGAUUGUGCGAAGUGUUUGCAUAAAACUUCUGUGACAUGUUAGACUCUUAAAUGUUAAAGCCCAACACAAUCUAAAAAGUGUUAACUGCCUGUUUUGUCUAAAUAAUAUUGUUUGUGAACAGUUUUUAGGGAGAAUUCAAGAAAUGUUCGCUGACAAAGUAAUAGAAUUACUCAAAGAAGCACAGCGAAAUCAUGACACUAUUGACCAGUUUAAUGAUGAGAAAAUCCGGCAAAUUUUAGAAGAAAUGCAUCUGCUUUUCAAGCUGAAUAUGAAUGACGCUAAUGCUACAGAAAACAGAUCUCUCUGGGCUGCAGUACAAGUACGACACUCCGCACUGGAACGCAACAAGCGUUGUUUACUGGCAUACCUGUACACUCGGAUGGAGAAGAUCAAAACAUUGCGUUGGGAAUUUGGUUCUGUGCUACCACCUGAUGUACGAGAAUUACUUUCAGAUGAUGAAUACAAUUGGUUCUCAAAAUAUUCCACAAAUUUAGCUUCCUACAUGAGAUCUUUGGGCCAAGACAUCGGCUAUAGUGGCAUAGACUUAACAGAAAACUUAAAGCCUCCGAAAUCUUUAUACAUUGAAGUGCUUUGUGUUGUAGACUAUGGCAAGUUAGAGUUAGAAGAUGGUGAUGUGAUAAUGUUAAAGAAGAAUAGUAGACAUUUUCUACCCACUUCUGAGUGUCAAACUUUGAUAAGACAAGGGAUUUUGAAACAGAUUGUAUAGUCUAAUAGGUAAUAGUUAAAGUGGUAUGUCAAUGUACAGUUUUCAUACAUAAAUUGUUUCAUAUUUGUUCAAAGCUCAGUGUUGUUUACUAAAAUGUUAAUGUAUAAAAAAUACAAUCCAAGUGAGAAAACAUAAUAUAUGUGACAAUAAAACC